UAAACCUAUAUUUACUGCUCCAGAAUGUGUUGCUGAACAGUGUCGCCCCCUGCAGGUGUUGUUCCUACGUGGGCAGGAGAGGUCGAGGCCCCCAGGCCAUCUCCAUAGGAAAAAACUGCGAUAAGUUUGGCAUCGUCGUGCACGAACUGGGCCACGUCAUCGGCUUCUGGCACGAACACACGCGUCCUGACCGCGACGAACACGUGGUGAUCAUCAGAGACAACAUCCAACCAGGACAGGAGUAUAACUUCCUGAAGAUGGAGCCGGGCGAGGUGGACUCUCUUGGAGAAACGUACGACUUCGGCAGCAUCAUGCAUUACGCCAGGAACACGUUU